GUCUGAAUUUAGGAGAACAGUCUGAGAUGUUGGGCAAUGAUUCAGGGGUUUGGAAACAGUUGAACAGUUGGUUUCCUAAUAUCUUCAGGUCAAAUCAGAUUUUGUUGUCUCAUUUGGACUUUGUACUGAGCUGGUAAAAAGUUACAACCACACAGGACAGUAAAAAACAAAAACAGUGUCCUAAGCACAGGUUAUAUUUAUACUUUAACUGUACCAAAGUCUGGACUAUCAGACACUUUUGUUGUGCACACCGAGACUCCUGCAAGUCGCCCGACCUCACAUUGACAACCUCUGACCUGGUGUAAGAGUGGAGUUUCCAGUUUCUGCACUGUGAGGCCUCCCAGACUGCGUUUUUCUUCCCCCUCACUUCAUGCUGACAGGAAGUGAAACUGAGCAUCACAGAUUUGUAGCCAACCAUCAUCACACAGCGAGUGCAUUUGGUUUUAGACUCUCCUCGCCCAGCACUGUGUGGUGAUUGUUGUUCUCAGACUAUAGUCCAGCAGAAAGAAUGUCAGACACGGCAGACCGUCUCACAUCCACCGAGACAAAGGACGCUCCUGGUUACGAUGUGUCCUCGCCGCCACCGUCAUACUCCUACCAAGAGCAGCCACCUCCACCUUACUCUGCAGCACCAGCAGCAAUGCACCCUCCACCCAAAGUGGAAUCAACUUACAUCCAUCAGCCCACCGGUGGCUACGAGUCUUUCCGGGACAUAAACCCAGAAGCGGAGUCGGACACAACUCCGCUUCUGUCCUCACAGUCUUUUGAUGACAGGACAGUGAGAAGAGGGUUUGUUAGAAAGGUGUUCAGCAUCCUGACCCUCCAGCUGCUGUUCACCUUCAGCGUGGUGUGUGUGUUCACCUUCUCCAGCGUGGUCAAAGACGCGGUGCAGGACAACCUGUGGGCCUACCUCAGCUCCUUCAUCGUCUUCAUCGUGGUCGCCUUCGCCCUCAGCUGCUUCAAGUCCUUCAGUCGGCGUCACCCCUGGAACAUCGUGGGACUGGUUGUGGUCACCCUGAGCUUGUCAUACAUGGUGGGAAACAUCGCCUCCUUCCACAACACCAAUGCUGUCGUCGUCACUAUGGGAGCGACGCUGGCCAUUUCUCUCGCCAUCAUCGCCUUCUCAGCACAGACUCGAUAUGAUUUCACUAUUUGUUACGGCGUUCUGCUGAUUCUAGCUGUGGACUUGAUCAUGUUCGGCUUCUUCUGCACCUUCUACUACUCCUACGUCGGCGAAGUCGCCUACGGGUGCCUGGGAGCUCUGCUGUAUUCACUCUUCCUGAUGAUCGACUGUCAGCUGCUGAUGGGGACGAUGAGUUACCGUCUGGAUCCAGAGGAAUACGUCACUGCUGCUCUCACGAUCUACCUGGACAUAGUCCUCAUCUUCCUCUACCUGCUCGGGAGGAGAUGAAACUGUAUACACAACAUGCAUGCAUGUAUGUACACACACACACACAUAUUAAGACUCCACAAUGAAAAUAUCCUUUAUUAUGUUUCUGCUGUCCUGUAUAUACUGAAAGUGCAUCCUGCUGUAAGUGACAAUGAACGGAUGAAUUUAAGUGUUUUGAAUCUUAUUUUUGUCUCUUGUUUUAAGUAAAAAUGAAUAUAAAACUCU